AUGGACUUUGACGACGACGACGCCGUUCCACCUGCCAUCCGCCGCUCGCCCCGAGCCGCCCUCGAAGCGCAGAAGCAGCACAGGGAUCAUCGGACGUUUGUUUUUGACGAUUCUGACGAAGAACUAGACGAAGCAGCCCCACCGCCAAUAGCGCGGAGUCGAUCUGCUUCAAUCAAUGGCGAUGGCGAACAAGACAGAAGGCCUACAUCUCGUUCAAGUUCCACAUUUAGCUUCAACCCACUCCAAUCGCAUCCAGUGGACACGCCGCCGGAAACGCCUCCUACGCGGAAGUUCUCUCUUCCGUUUCGACCACCUGAACCUCAACCUCAGCGUGUACCGUCACCUGAUCCAGCUCCUCCAGUCCAACCGUCAAUCACACGACGACACCCGCGUGGACUCAUCUCAUAUCGGAAUAACAAGAGAGAGAUAAACAACAUCAAGAGAUUGCCGCCACAUCUUCGAAGACAAACCUCAUUGGAAACCAUCAACUCGGUAACGACGGUAGCUGAGGACGACCGAAGUGAUUAUGGCCACGAUCCACCUGACGUUGAGGCUCCAUCCCCGGACUGGUUUACUUCCGAAGAUUAUGCGCCGUCCAAUCCUACGCCAAGUAUCACCUCCAAGUCUUCGUCGAUACACUCAUCGAGCGGAAGCUCGCGACGAACGUGUACGCCGGUAGAAACACCUCUGGGAUAUGCGAGCCUCGACCAUCAUACCCCACAGUCGCUUUUUAGGAAGAUGAUGCCUCGCAAGUUGACGGACAAGGCGCAAGACCAGUCACUAAGUCCUAAUCGCCUAAUCAUCGAGAAAGCAACCUCGAUUGGCCAGACCUCACGCCCUUCGACUCUUUCAGGAUCAACAACUUCGGUCCCAGAUAUGCACGGAAUUCUACCAGAAGAACGUUCCCUCCGGUCUAUAUUGGACAACGCUGAGAGGAGCCGGUCCGGAUCGAAAUCCAGUGGAAGCAGCAAAUGGAGCGCGAGCGACUUCGACACGAGCACGCUGACCGAAGCCGAGAUCAAGAAGUGCCGGAAGAAAGGCAUCAAUCCAGCUCUGUAUGCCGAAAUGAGAGCAGCAAAGAAAGGCAGAUGGGCCAGCCCAAUAGCUGGUAAUACGUUUCUAUAA